AUGAGCUCAGCAUCUCGAGUGGCGAUCGUGGGCGUCGGCGAAGUUGGUGGUGCCGUCGCUUACAACCUCACGUUAAAUUCCAUGGCGAGCGAGUUGCUCCUCGUCGACCUCGAUCCCAGUGUCAGAAACGCCCAGAUCGAAGACCUCAGCGAUGUCACUUACAGCACUAACAGCAGUACGCGAGUCCGUUCAGCCACGUACCAUGAGGCUGCUCAGUGCGAUCUCGUGGUCAUAACCGCUGCAUCAAAACACAUGCUUGGUCAGACGACCAUUGACUAUACGUCUCGGAAUACCUCAAUGUUACGUGGGGUGAUGGAGGCGAUGAAGCCCUUCCGAGCUGACACCGUCUUGCUCAUUGUCGCAGACCCAGUUGACCUACUGACAUCUCUCGCCAAACAGAUGUCGGGACUUCCUGAAUCUCAGGUAAUUGGCACUGGUACCGCUCUCGAUACUUACAGACUUCGAGGCAUGGUUGCCUCUCGUGCUCUGGUGUCCCCAUACACUGUAGAUGCAUUCGUCGUGGGCCGCCAUGGAGAAGAACAAGUAGUCGCCUGGUCCUCAGCAACUAUUGGCGCGGUCCCCAUCCAGGAUGUCAAAAUGCUGGAAGCUAGCGAUCGCAGUAGGAUCGAACUCAUCUGCAAGCAUCGAUCGAAUCUAAUCAUUCUGGGCAAAGGAUCUGCACCUUUCGGAAUAGCUUCAGUCGUUGCUAACUUGUGUUGUUCUGUUAUCCUCGACAAGCAUGAAAUAUACCCAGUCAGUUACUUCCAAGAGGAACAUGGUUGCUGUCUCAGCUUGCCAGCCGUCAUUGGGAGGAAAGGAAUCCUAAAUUCAGUUCCACUGGCGAUGAACGAAGAUGAGAGCGCUGCGGUAAAGUUGUCAGGGAAGCUAUUGAAAGCUAGUGUUGAGUCGAUUCAGAGAGACUGGUGGUGA